GAUCUGACACACUCUUCUCUUCUCUUCUCUUCUGGACUGCAGAAAUGAGGCUCGUUUGUGGAUUAAUAAUGAUGAUGGUGAUGAUGGUGCACACGGCUGCAGGUGAAGAGCGUUUCUGCAGGUUUAAUCAGUCUGGUCCUUGUAAUCCGUCUCUUGGAGAUAAACUCUGUCUGCAACUGGUGCCGAACACUAGAGUAUAUGACCUGAAGAUAGAGAAGAUAACAACAAACAACACACAAGUUGAUCCAGUUUGUAGAAUAACAAAUGACAUAAUUAAAAAUAAGUAUGAAUGUGAUCUCUAUAAUAACAGGCCUGAAGUGUCGGUCAUUAAUGGGACUCUGAUAAUAAACUCAGUGUCCACAGCAGAUUCUGGAUUUUACAGAUUAUUUGUCUAUAACUCUGAAGGCAGUCAAACAUCUACAGCAGAUCUACAAGUGAAUGUUAAAGAUCCUUUCUUGACAGCAAAAGUUCUGGGAAGUCUUGCUGUAAUCCUCAUAGUGUUGCUCUCCGUGCUUUAUUUCUUUUACAGAAAGAAGAAGAAGGCCAAACCAUCAUCAGAUGUGGACACUACAGUCGACCCUCAGAAGAAACCAGGCAUUCAGAAGAAGAAUGAAGACAUUCACUAUGGAGAGAUAAACUUCAGCAAGUCACACACUCGUCACACACACCAGACGCAGAACAAUCAGGAGGAGUGUCUGUACGCUCAAGUGCAGACGAGCUAAUAUGAACACAACCACAGAAACCAACCUACCAUCUGUGCACACCAUGAGGAAACGCUGGGUUUAUUCCUGCAGCUCGUGUAUUCGCUGUGUGUACAGACAAAAACUACACAAACUACACAAACAGAACUAAAACUGGACCAACUUUAGAAAACUUCACUGUGGAUAAGGGGAUAGUUCACACAAAAUCUCAACAUUUACUCACCCUUAACUGUUCACUCACAGAGUUUAGCUUUUAGUUCAGUUGCUUUCUUCUUCUUGCACGUGUCACACUGUUUUAUUGCUCUUUUCAUUGGAUUACUCUAGUUGCUUUGUGUAUUAAAGUUUAAGAAACUUCUAGAAACAUCCUUGCAGGUGUGUUGAGGCUAAUCAGGACAUCAGCCAUCCAGCAGCGAGUUUGGACACCCCUGCUCGAUAUUGUAAGACUGCCGAUAGUGCCCUCAUGUGGUGAACUCUUGUAAUCACAGUCUGCUCAGUGCUAUUGCUGUAAGAUUGUGUCUGCUCAGUGACACCUGCUGGAGGAAACAACAACUGCAGCUCAUCUCUGAUAUUACUGUUUAACCACAUGACAUAAUCACACAAGACUUUAUAUUCAGAUCGCUUUAUUUUAAUUAAACUCAGAAUAAAAAAUCCUCUUAGAUUAAA